AUGCCAGGUCCUGCUAUUGGGCCUGGCGCCCUGGCGGGCGUUUCACAACUCUUAGCCGGUGCCCUCGGGUGCCACCAUGCCGCAGAGGCCGCCUCGUCAGCAGGCCUGCGCGCCCUAGCGUCCUGGAACGCCGUGACGGCCCUGUGCCCCGCCGCCGAGCAGCCCCGCCCCGCCGCCGCGGCGGCGCCCAGCGCCUCGGUGCCGCGCCGCGCCUUCUCGACGCGCUUUGAAGUCGACGAGGACAAGGCCGGCCGCCCCACCACCCCGUGGGUGCGCCAGGUCAUCAGCGGCGUGGACCUGAUGCGGCACCCAAAGUACAACAAGGGGCUCGCGUUCAGCGAGGCGGAGCGGGAUAGGCUCUACCUGCGGGGCCUGCUGCCGCCGGCGGUCCUGUCACAGGAGGUGCAGCUGGAAAGAGCAAUCCUGAACAUCAGGUACACUGUGAUCAUUAUAGAGUAG